AUACCUACGUCAUGACGCACGGAAGCGGCGCAGCGGAGAAAAAGACGGUGAGGAGAAGUUGAACAAGCGAGCGACUUUCUCUUUUCUUUGCUGCUUUUCUCUUGUUGUGAGUCGGAGGUGUCAGACUUCAGAGCCAACCGGAGGAGGAGACGAAGAAGAGUUCGUGGGAGAUUUAGAGACUAGAAGCACAUAAACCACAGCACCAUGGACGCUGACCACAGCCACCACCAUCAUCACACUAUGGCCCCGCCCACAACCAGCGGCCACGACCAUGGAGGAGGAGGAGGAGGAGGAGGAGGAGAACAUGAAGGACACGGAGGCAUGGUGAUGACCUUCUACUUUGGCUACAACAACGUGGAGCUGCUGUUCACCGGGCUGCUCAUCAACUCACCUGGAGAGAUGGUGGGUGCGUGUAUCGGUGUCUUCCUAUUGGCCGUCCUGUACGAGGGCCUGAAGAUGGGCCGCGAGACGCUGCUCCGUCGCAGUCAGGUCAACGUCCGCUACAACUCCAUGCCGCUGCCCGGGGCUGAUGGGACAGUGCUAAUGGAGACGCACAAGACCGUAGGACAGCGGAUGUUAAGCCCCGCCCACUUCCUGCAGACCUUGUUGCACAUUGUUCAGGUGGUCGUCAGCUACUUCCUGAUGCUCGUCUUUAUGACCUACAACGCCUACCUCUGCAUCGCCGUGGCAGCCGGCGCUGGCAUGGGCUACUCUGUUCAGCUGGAGAAAGGCAGUGGUCGUCGACAUCACUGAGCACUGCCAUUAGCAGCUGCUGGCUGCUGCUAGCUAGCAUCUGUUCGUAAGGUUUAAUUUCUGCUGAUUACAAUCAAUAAACGCUAACUAAAAACUUUCACUGUAGGUUAGCCUGCUAGCCAACCUGGGACUACAAACCCCAGAGUGUUAGCGCAUAAAAGACUCUAAACUACAAAUGUAACUCGGUAACCAUGGUAACACCCUGCUGUAGGUUUACACACUAACGUAUGUAGUUGCCGAUUAUAAUAUCAGCAUUACGCAGGAAACACUGACGUCGUAUCUUCUCAAUUAAUAUCAAGUUUUUUUUCUAAACUCCUGCUGGUGAGCCAGCCGACCAAUCACAGCUCAGAUCACCUCCAAAGUUUCUGAUUGGCUAAAAUCACGUCUAACUAUUUUCUAUUUUAGUGCCAACAUCAGCACAGGUAGCGUUUAUACUCGUUAGCUUAGUUAGCGUCUCAUCAUGAGAACAUAAGUAAAAAUUGAUCUAGAAGAUAAUUUAUUAGGAAAUGUUUUACUAAAGUUUUUUAUUGAAAUAAAAUAAUUAAAAUGUU